AUGGCAAUUACUUUGAAGACAAUCGUUAGAGCAGCUAAGAAUUUAGAGACCCAGAUAAGAGAAAAUGGUAUAGAAAAAGAUAAGGCAAGAGAAAAGAGGAAGAUUGGGGUAUCCUCAAGAUCCGAUAAGAAAGGAACAUUCUCAAAGUCUAACCUGGAUGACAAAAAGUAUAGAGCCAAGUGGUGUGAAAAGUGCAAGAAGAAGCAUUAUGGGAGAUACGAAGGAGAAGUGAAUUGUUAUAAGUGUGGGAGGAUCGAUCAGUAUUCUAAGGAUUGUACGCUUAAUGAUAAGGUAUGCUACGGAUGCGGAGAAAAGGGGCAUAUGUCAAAAGAUUCCUCGAAGAAAAAUGAAGCACCAAGAACGAAUGCGCCACCAAAGCCGAAGGCAAGAGCAUUCCAGAUGGUCCUCAAUGAAGCGGGUGAAGAUGCGAGGGAUUAG